CAUCACGCUGUGUGUUUCGCCUGACUUUGUUACUUGAUAAUUAUUACCUAACUAUAUAGUGGUUAUGUAAAACGGUAUAGUGCAAUGUAGAGACAGCACUAACCCGUUUUAAACAGGCUUCUCUUCAGUCGUGCUAAGCGAGCAUGUGUAAUCCUCCUCGAGGGUGAAUGCAUGACCGGAAGUAAACUUUGAUUGAAUAGUUUCAGUAAACAGCGUGGGGAGAAUCUUCAGGUAUCUGGUUAUACCUUACAUUGGAAAGGUUCUGAACGGGGACAGAGACACUCAUAAAGAAAGACCACAAGGCGAACAUGUCCCAGACUAUUCCUACAAGUCUCUCUGUUGUCCCCACUCGGGCUCUGGUUGAUGAGACGUUCAAGGUGGUGGUGGAGAAUCUGCCCCCAGCAUCUCCAGUCACACUUCAUGCCCUCCUCUACUCGGAGGACAAGGACUACUGGGAGGCUUAUGGACACUACGUCAGUGAUCACAGAGGAACAGUGUCCGUUGCAGAGGAUUUGAGUCUUGGGGGCACGUACACGGGAAAAGAAGCCAUGGGUUUGUUGUGGAGCAUGCGGCCUGAGCCCGGCAGCCGCACGGGUCUCAGGUUGAGAAAGAGGGAAGUCACCAGCCCCAUGCUGGUCCACAUCUCCGUCUACAGUGGACACAUAACCGAGGGCUUCAGGAAGCAGUCUCCUCUGGCCUCCGUGCUCACAGAGAGAUGGUACAUGGCUCCUGGAGUCCAGAGGAUUGAAAUCAAAGAAAAAGGAGUGCGAGGGACUUUCUUCAUACCUCCAGGUCCUGGACCCUUCCCCGGGCUUUUGGAUAUGUGGGGAGGUGGAGGAGGGCUGUUGGAGUAUCGUUCGGCCUUGCUGGCGUCUCAUGGUUAUGCUUCAUUGGCGCUGGAGUACUUCUCCCCCGGUGAGCUGCAGUCAGCAGAUCUACAGAUACAGUAUUUUGAGACGGCGUUUAAUAUCAUCAAGGACCAUCCUCAAGUGAUCCCAGACAAAGUUGGAAUUUUGGGUCUUUCCCUCGGCACGAUUUUGGCCUUGUAUUUGGCAGCUGAAAGCACAAACAUUAAGCCUCGCUGUUGUGUGUGCAUCAGCGGCCAUCACUUGGUUGCACCUCGACUGAUGAUUGAUGGAUCCCUACCGAACGAUCCAAAAAAAACUCGAUUUGAUGAGAACAACUACAGCAUAUGGCGAGAUGUGGUUUUACCGGUUCCCAGUGACCCCUCACAGAAAAUAGAUGUGCGUAAAAUAAAAUGUCCCAUGCUGUUGGUCAACGGAGAUGAUGAUCAGAACAGUCCAACAGUGGAGGCUGCUGAGGAUAUCGCCCAGAUGAUGCGUUCUGGAGGGAACCUGCACCUGUUGUCCACACUGACGUACCCCGACACUGGACAUCUGAUCGAGCCGCCCUACUCACCUCACUUCAGAGCUACCAACUUUAUAAUUCCCACCGCAACAAAAGAGAAAGUGAUAAUUCUGUGGGGAGGACAAACCAAACCCCAUUCAGACGCUCAGGAGGACUCCUGGAGGAAGAUCUUAUCUUUUCUACAGCAUCAUCUCUACUCAAGCACGAUCCCCAAAGCCAGGAUGUGAAUGACAACAGAACCAGGAAACACAGCAAAGUGUGAAAACCUUUUGAAUAAUUAUCUAGGGUUUUGUUUUGGUCAUAUUGUGCCUCUAGUUUCAUAACUUUAUAUCCAUAACUUAUCAUUCCAAACACUCGAGGUGAGUCGACUUGCAAAGGUUAAAUUAAUGUAAGUUGCUGAUGUCAUUAGAAACUGUCAGAAAUUGCACGAGCCCCAUGUACAGAGGCCUUGUCCUCCAAGUGAGCAGCCCGGGUUCAAAUCCGAUCUGUGGCCUCUUUCCCACAUGUCAUUCCACACUCUCUCUCUCUCUCUCCACAUUCUGUCUAAAGGUACCUGUACAGAAAACGUUGGUUUUAUAAUAUAUCUGGGACAGAAAGACGAGCCAAAGGUACUUGAGUAAUAAGCUUAAGAUCAAACUGUACAUGUUGCCAGUUAAAACAUUAAAACGCACAACGCACUGAUCGUCCUUAUAAGACGGACGGAACAGUGACCGCAAUUGAUUUUUAUUAUUUUCUGUGUUUCAACCCUUUAAAACAUAAACGACAAAUGCCAAAGGAACAAAUGUGGAGGUGGUGUUAAAGUCUUUAUAUGUGAUUUUUCACACUUAAAUGUAAUAUAAAUCAAGUAUAUCCUCUGAAAAUAACUCUGUGAGUCAUGACUGUCUACAAUGGGUGUAACACCCGAGUCCCACUGUCUGUGAUGUUUUCAGAGUUUUCAGAGUCCUAUCUUCACUUUGUUUACAUCGCCCGGACAGCCGGCUGACUCCUCCCCUCGUGUAUAAAAGUUGUUUAAUUGAGGGACUAGAGAAAAGAAGAAUAACAUACUGUACUCACUGCUUAACUGUGUUUCUAGAUCACGCUCAUUUCAGGUAAAUUUACAUGCAGUGUGAAGAUAUGAGCAUAAUAAAGAUCGCUAGCAUUAGCAUGCUAACACAACAAUGCAGCACGAGUUGUUUUGGUUUCAUGCUGGUGCUCAAGGGCGACAUCUGCUGGAUCAAAAAAAUCACAUAUAAAGCCUUUAAAGUGUUAUUCAUUAAUCUAUUGAUAGAUAGCAACUAAUUUUUUAACUUCUUUUUUCAUUUGUUAGUUUGCUAAUUAAAUCAGAUUUUGGGUAAUCUGAGUGAAUUUAGACAAUUAUUUACUGAUUUUAGUUAGCAUCGUUAGCUUGCCAACAAAUGUUUUUUUUCUUAUUUUUGUGAUUGUCUCAAACCAGCUGUAAAUCCAUGCAGUCACUGUGACAAAAAUGUUUUGAAUAUUCUGACUUUUUAAAAUAUAUUUGAAUUCUUCAUAUGAGCUGAAGAUAGGGUUACGGUGGGAAAUGUUAUUUAUACAAUUAAAGUGUGGGUGAAACUCAAUAAGCUACUUACUCACUCCAGCUGUAUUAUGUCAAUUGUAAAUUCUGAUUGUACUUCUAACGUUUAUAUUUUCCUGACGGAUGAUCAUGUCUGUGUACAAGAUGGUGCAAUCACUCUAAAAAAUGUUGGAUUCAUGGGCAUCAAUAA